CAGAGCGCGCGCGCAGGGGACUCCAACCAAACUCCAGCAGCAGCAGCAGCAGAGAUGGAGAAACUCCUGGUCCCGCUUCUCAGCGCGAUGCUGUGUCAGUGGUGCGGUGCUCAGCAGAGAGGGCUGUUUCCCGCCGUGUUGAACCUGGCAUCCAUGGCAGAUAUCUCGGCUAAUGCCACGUGUGGUACAACGGGUCCGGAGGCGUUUUGUAAGCUGGUGGAACAUGUACCUGGUCAGCCUGUUAGAAACGCUCAGUGUCGAAUCUGCAACGAUAGGAACCCGAUUGAGCGUCAUCCCAUUGAAUAUGCCAUUGAUGGGACCAAUCGUUGGUGGCAAAGUCCUUCCAUCAAGAAUGGGAUGGAGUAUCACUCUGUGACCAUCACUCUCGACUUAAAACAGGUUUUCCAGAUUGCCUAUGUGAUCAUAAAGGCCGCCAACUCCCCUCGGCCAGGUAACUGGAUCUUGGAGCGCUCCACAGACGGCGUGACCUUUGAACCCUGGCAGUACUACGCCAUCACAGACACCGAGUGUCUGACGAGAUUCAACAUAAAUCCACGCAGAGGACCUCCGUCUUAUACCAGGGACGAUGAAGUCAUCUGCACCUCCUUUUAUUCAAAGAUUCAGCCGCUGGAGAACGGAGAGAUUCACACGUCUUUGAUCAACGGCCGCCCCAGCGCCGACGACCCCUCGCCGACCCUGCUCAACUUCACCUCGGCCCGCUUCAUCCGCUUGGUGUUUCAGCGAAUCAGGACGCUCAACGCCGACCUCAUGACGCUGACGCUCAGUGACCCCAGAGACGUCGACCCCAUCGUGACGCGACGGUACUAUUAUUCCAUUAAGGACAUCUCAGUCGGAGGCAUGUGUAUCUGUUACGGCCACGCUAAAGCCUGCCCACUCAACACGGCUACAAAGAAGUUUAGCUGCGAGUGCGAGCACCACACGUGCGGGGAGAGCUGCGAUCGUUGUUGCCCUGGUUACCACCAGCAGCCCUGGAUGGCGGGGACCUUCCUCACUCGCCAUAUGUGUGAACAGUGUAACUGCCACGGUAAAGCGGAGGAGUGCUUCUUUAAUCAGACUGUCGCAGACCUGUCACUCAGCCUGGACAUGCACGGCAAAUACAGAGGGGGCGGGGUCUGCGUUGGCUGCCGUGACAACACCGGGGGCGUCAACUGUCAGAGCUGCGUUGCUGGGUACUACAGACCUGCUGGGGUGAGGGCGGAGGAGGAGAAUCCCUGUGAACCGUGCUCGUGUGACGUGCACGGUUCUGUCAGCCAGUCGUGUGUGGCAGAUUCAAACCAGGCUUCUCUCUCCCAGCCAGAAGGGUCAUGCUGGUGUAAGGAGGGUUUUGGGGGUCAGCGAUGUGACAGGUGUGCCGUGGGUUACAUGGGCUACCCGUCCUGUCAGCGCUGUAACUGCAGUGUGGAAGGGAGCGCCAACGCUGACCCGUGUAUAACACCCUGCGUGUGCAAGGAGAAUGUAGAGGGAGAAGAUUGCGAUCGCUGUAAACUGGGAUUCUACAACCUGAACGGUGACAAUCGGCGCGGCUGUGAGAAGUGCUCGUGUAUGGGUGUUUCCAGUCACUGCUCCGCCUCCAGCUGGACCUAUCAGAACGAAUCCACGCUGACCGGCUGGCACCUGAUUGGAGACACAGGAGGGAGGGUGUGGUCCGUGCACAGAGACACGCCUCCAUAUCUGAGCGUCCGGCACGCGGACGUCGCGCGCGAUCUUGGCUCGGCCUACUACUGGAACGCACCUGGACGUUUCCUUGGGAACAAGAUCACAGCAUACGGAGGGAGUGUGGUUUACGCCGUGUCUUAUUCCAUCGACCAGCAAGAACAAAGAUCCAUCAGAGUGACCUCAGAGCCUGACCUUAUCAUAGAGGGCGGCGGGAUGAAGAUCGUGGACAGAAGGUUCGGCCGGCCGGUGUAUCCGUCCUCGCCAAGCACCAAUCACGUUGUUCUCCUUCCAGAGAACUUUGUGGUGUCCGAGACGGGACAGGGGAUCAGUCGGAGAGAGUUCUUGUCCGUGUUGGCCAGCGUGACCUCACUGAUGGUGCGAGCCUCGUACAGCACAGAAACCAGCGCCGUGUACAGACUGCAUUCAUUCUCAAUGCAGGUAGGCAAUCCUACUGCACGAGGAGAGAGUAGAGCAUCAGCUGUAGAAGUUUGUGUUUGUCCUCCUGGAUAUGCUGGAACAUCCUGUGAGGCUUGUAAUCCUGGUUUUCGGAGGGUGAACGGAAAUCUGUACAAUGGUGUGUGUGAAGCUUGUCACUGCCAUGGACACGCGACACAGUGUGAUGAGGUCACAGGACACUGUGUGGACUGUUCCCACCACACCUAUGGGCCCCACUGUGACACUUGCCUACCUGGUCACUAUGGUAACGCCACCCAUGGUUCACCCGCAGACUGUCAGCCCUGCGCCUGCCCACUCAGUCUUCCUAGCAACAACUUCAGCCCCACCUGCCACUUGGGCGAGGAGGGGGAGUUACUCUGCGACCAGUGUCAGCCGGGAUACACGGGACCACGAUGUGACAGAUGUUCCAACGGAUACUACGGCAGACCCACGACACCAGGAGGCCUCUGCCAGCCGUGUGACUGCAGCGGUAAUCUGGACUUGUCGGCACCUGGUAGCUGUGAUCCAAUCACAGGCCAGUGUCUGCACUGCCGGCAAGGCUACGGCGGCGCGGAGUGUGACAGCUGUGCUGAUGGUUACUAUGGAGACGCUCUCAUCGCGAAAGACUGCAGACCCUGUCAGUGUCAUACGAACGGCUCAGCACACGAGGUGUGCAACAAGCAGACUGGACAGUGUCCGUGCAAAGACAACGUGGUUGGACGACAGUGUGACGAGUGUGUGCCUAACUGCUGGUGGGACGCCGAGCGUCAGGACUGCGUGCCCUGUCGCUGCAGCGCGUACGGCUCUAUGUCUCAGCGCUGCGACAUCGAGGGCCGCUGCAUCUGCCGCCCCGGCUUCGUGGGCCGCCGCUGCGAAGCACGCCGCCCGAGUCACGAGCGGCGGGAGACGCGGCGGCCCGUGGAGCGGGUCCCCGUGGAGGCCGUGCAGCAGAGAUGGGGAGGGCCGUCACGCACGGGGGGCUGCCCCAGGGGGGCGUACAGGCCUAAGACGGGGGCUCAGACCCACGGCCUCAGCACGCGUGGACAGUGCGUCCCCUGUCACUGCAACUCGUUCGGCUCCAAGUCGUUCGACUGCGACGAGAGCGGCCAGUGUCGGUGUCAGCCGGGCGUCGGCGGGCCCAAAUGUGACCGAUGCUCGCGAGGGUUCUUCAACUUCCAGGAAGGCGGCUGCACACCCUGCCAGUGCAGCCAUGUGGGAAAUAACUGUGACGCGAGCACAGGACAGUGCAUCUGUCCUCCCAACACUGUCGGCGAGAGGUGUGACCGCUGCGCUCUCAACCACUGGGGCCACGACAUCGUAACUGGCUGCAAGGAGUGUGGCUGUAGCGUGGUGGGCUCCGUGACCCAGCAGUGUAACAUGAACACAGGCUGCUGCUUAUGUCGGGACUCCUACAGAGGAGAGAAGUGCAACGAGUGUCAGAUCGGAUACAGAGACUUUCCUCAGUGCACGCAGUGCAAGUGUAACGUGGCGGGAUCGGACAGCCAGACCUGUGACCUGGAGAGGGCAGUCUGUGCCUGCGCUGACCGCACGGGAAAAUGCAGCUGCAGGGAAAAUGUGGAGGGAGACAACUGCGACCACUGCAGGACCAACACGUUUGGGUUGUCGGUACGAAACCCACUGGGCUGCAGCAGGUGCUACUGUUACGGGCUCACACACUCGUGCACGGAGGCACCGGGACUGAUCCGGAUGUGGUUGACACUGAAGCCGGAGCAGACGGUGCUCCCCCUGGUGGACAAAUCAAACGCAGCCGAGACGAGGAGAGGAGUGAGCUUCCAGCACCCGGAGAUCCUCGCCCACGCAGACCUGGUGACGUCCACUCUCUCUGAACCCUACUACUGGAAACUGCCCGAGCAGUUCAGAGGCUCCAUGAUCACAGCGUAUGGCGGUCAGUUGAAAUACGCGGUGUACUAUGAGGCCAGAGAUGAAACCGGCCCCUCCUCCUAUGAGCCGCAGCUCAUCAUCAAGGGCGGCCCCACGCGCAACAUCGUCAUCACCCGUCACAUACCAGGACUCCAGAUCGGUCAGCUCACCCGACACGAGAUCGACAUGACAGAGCAUGAGUGGAAGUAUGCAGAUGGCCGGUCCAUGACUCGCGAGGACUUCAUGGACGUUCUGUUCUAUGUGGACUACAUCCUAAUUAAGGCGUCCCAUGGCAACUUGAUGAGACACAGCCGUAUUUCAGAGAUCAGUCUGACGGUGGCUGAAGAAGGUCGACCGACCAGGCAGAGCGAGAAAGCCCAUCAGAUAGAAAAAUGUGACUGUCCAAUCGGAUACUCGGGACUUUCUUGCGAGGAGUGUGCUGCAGGUUUCUACCGUCUCCGCUCCGGCUCCCUGCCAUCUGCUCCUGCUUCCAGAGUGCCCAGCGCUGCCGGCAUGGGCAGCUGUGUUCAGUGCCAAUGCAGUGGGCACUCCUCCACCUGUGACCCCGAGACAUCCAUAUGCCAGAACUGUCAAGACAACACAGAGGGUGAUCGAUGUGAACGCUGCGCUCCAGGAUUCUAUGGAGUGGUCCGAGGUUUUCCUGACGACUGCAAACCAUGUGCCUGCCCCCUUGUCAACCGAGAGAACAAUUUCAGUCCGUCCUGUGUCGCAGAGGGAUUUGAUGACUACAGAUGCACCGCCUGUCCUGAAGGAUAUGAGGGCAAAUACUGUGAGAGAUGUUCCACUGGUUACCAUGGUAACCCAAGGAUGCCAGGUGGUCACUGUGAGGAGUGUAAGUGUUACGUGUGGGGCUCGUUGCCCGGACCAUGUGACCCUGUUACAGGCCAGUGCCCUUGCAGGGUUGGGGCCUCGGGAAAGUCGUGUGACCAGUGCAUGGAGAGGCAUGUGUGUGGACCAGCUGGAAUCAUCUCUUGUGAUGACGAGUGCUCGGGUCUGUUGAUAAGUGACAUGGACCGGCUAUAUCGCAUCAUCACUGAAGUCACUCUGACCACACCCCUCCCACCACCAUAUAAGAUGUUGUACCGCUUUGAGAACAUGACAGAGGAACUCAAGCACAUGCUGUCGCCUCAGAAAGCUCCGGAGAGAUUACUGCAACUGGCCGAUUCCAACCUAGGAUCACUGGUUGUUGAGAUGGACCAGCUGCACAGCAGGGCCACUAAGGUGUCUGCCGAUGGAGAACAGGUUGAAGAUGAUGCCGACAGGAUUCAUAAACGAGCUGAAGACCUGGAGCAGUUCAUUAGGGAUACUCUGCUGGGAGCUAAAGACCUGCAGUUGAAGGCAGCUGAGUUGAACCAGACUCUCUCGCGCAGAGAUGGAACCCCAGACAAAAGCCUGAAGGAGAUGAAGGACGAGAUCCAGGCCAUGCUGACCGAGAUGAGAAGACGACAGCUGGGAGGGAAAAAGGGCAUUGCCGAUGAGGAGAUGGACCUCGCCGAGGAGCUUUAUCAGAAAGUCAAGAGGUUGUUUGGUGACCCUCAUCAGGCCACAGAAGACCUGAAAGCAGAGAUAAAAGGGAAACUCUCGGACCACGAGGGGAAGCUCCAGGAGGCUGAGGAGCUGCUCUAUUCUGCGCAGGGAAAGACAAGGCUGGCCGAGUCGCUGGCUGAACAAAACCAGGCUAACCUCACAGCCCUUGAGAGGAAGCGCUCAGCAGUCAGUGUGGUGAAGCAGGAGGCACAGGAGGUCCUUGGAGAAGGAGAACGACUUCUGGAUGAAGCAAACCAGCUCUCUGACAACAUCAACAAAGGAUUAGAGGACUUGGAGGAGAUGCAGAGAGAGCUGGGUCCUCUCCACGACCAGCUCGGCGAUCGAGUCGAUCACCUCACCACUGGUUUAACUUACGGCCUCCAUAAUCAUGUUCAUGAUGCAGAGGAACAUGCCAAGCAGCUGAAUGAGUCUGCUGCCAUUUUGGAUGGUAUUUUGGCUGAAGCAAAAAAUCUCUCCUUCAAUGCAACCGCUGCCUUCAAGGCGUACAGUAACAUUAAAGCAAACGUGGAUGAAGCAGAGAAAGAGGCAAAGGCGGCCAAACAGAGGGCCAGCGAGGCACUAGCGCUGUUCAGAAGAGAUAACAGGGAGCAACUCUCUGACAUUAAGCAGGAGUUGAAGAGAGCGAAUGACAGACUGGACGAAGUAGAAGGGAGAAUAGAUGAAACGGAGACCGUGCUUCUAGCAACAACAACGUUAAUCAAGCGGCUGACACAACGUCAGGCUAGCUUGGAGGCGAGAUUGAUUGAUCAGGAGGCUCGAGCGCGGCGUGUCAACCUGCGUAUUUACGGAGUACCCGAAGGCACAGAGGGCACUGACAUGGCUGGUUUCCUGAAUAACAUGUUGAAAACUUCACUCGACUUCCCACUUGACGGAGACCUUAAGAUUGAACGGGCACAUCGGGCUCUGGCACCGAAGCCCACCGACCCGCAGGCAAAACCUCGCUCCAUAGUGGUCAGGUUUGGCAGCUGGCAGAUUAAAGAAGAAGUGAUAAGGAGAGCGUGGCAGAAAAAGAAGGUGCUUUACGACAACGUUCGUUUCUAUGUUGACCAUGACUUUCCUCCUGAAGUGUUAAAGAAACGCAGUGAAUACAUCGAGGCCAAAAAGGUGUUGAAGGAAAAACAAAUAAAGUUUCAGACGCCCUACCCUGCAAAGAUGCGGAUUUAUUAUGAUGAAGGCACCCGGUUGUUCCAGAAUGCGGCGGAGGCUACGAGGGAUAUGUCGGCGCGAGGGUUUCCGGUUACUGUGGUGAAGACCCCAGCCACACCGGACCAAGAGGAGAUUCUCCUCCUGUCUACCUGGCAGAGGGCAGGCAGUAGGGGAGACCAGUCUCUGACAGAUACUGCAGCUAAGCUAGCCGCUACAAAGGCUGUUGCAGUGGACGCUAACGCCACAGCCAUCGAUGUCCUCGAGCGCCUUGGAGAUUUGAAUCUGCGAAUCCGUGGCUUACAGCAGAACUACAGUGAGCUGGAGGACACUUUUUCUGCCAAUAGCCGCCCUGAGUUGACACUGCUAUUAUUGGUCACCCUUUCCACAUUCUUCACACGCUCGCUUGUUGCGCUCUCCGCUGUAAUAUACUGUGUAGCAUUAAUGGUAUCAACUGCUGUGCUGUUCUGUGUCACUGCUGUACUUUAUCUCCCUCUGCUCUCAGUCCACGCUGCAGGAGCUAAAGUGAAGGAUUUAGAGGACGAAGCUGAUAGGUUGCUGGAGAAGCUGCAGCCAAUCAAAAAGCUGCAGGACAACUUGAAGCGAAACAUCUCGCAAAUCAAGGAACUGAUCAACCAAGCCAGGAAACAAGCCAACUCUAUCAAAGUGUCGGUGUCAUCAGGUGGUGACUGUCUCCGUAGUUACCGCCCUGAUAUCAGGAAGGGCAGGUACAACACCAUCGUCCUUCACGUUAAAACCACAACACCUGAUAACCUCCUCUUCUACUUGGGAUCAGCCAAAUUUGUUGAUUUCUUGGCCUUGGAGAUGCGUAAGGGGAAGGUGAAUUUCCUUUGGGACAUGGGUUCAGGUGUGGGGAGGGUCGAAUAUCCCCAUCACACCAUCCAUGAUGGGAACUGGCACAGAAUAGAGGCAUAUCGUAAUGGGUUGAAUGGUACCAUAUCAGUGUAUCCACUGGAAGGCUCCAUGGCUGGUAUGAUGCCGACCCCAGCGAGCGCCAACUCACCCACGUCCUACUCCAUCCUGGACGUCGACCAGAACGCCUACCUGUUCGUAGGAGGGAUACUCGGCACUGUCAAGAAAGCAGAUGCAGUGAGAACAACAACAUUCACAGGCUGCAUGGGGGAGACCUUCCUGGAUAGUAAACCCAUUGGACUGUGGAACUAUAGAGACAGACAGGGAGACUGUAAAGGAUGUGCUGUCAGCCCCCAGAGCUCCAACAGUGAGGGAAUAGUCCAGCUGGACGGUGAAGGCUACGCCGCAGUGGGACGACCCACCAGGUGGAACCCCAAUAUUUCCACCAUCACCUUUAAGUUCCGCACUUUCUCCUCUGAAGCCCUGCUCAUGUAUCUGGCUACUGAAGAUAUGAAGGACUUCAUGUCCCUCGCACUUACAGAGGGCAAGGUGAAAGUCAACUUUGACCUCGGGUCAGGGGUUGGCAGUGCCAUAUCAUCUAUCCGCCACAACGACGGAAGCUGGAAAUCCCUCACCAUGUCGAGGAACAAGAAACAAGCCACUGUGACUAUAGUGGAUAUUAACAGCAGUGCUGAGGAGAAGAUAGUAGCCACAUCACAGGGUUCAGCUACAGGUCUGAACCUCAAGGAACACCAGAAAAUCUAUUUUGGAGGGCUGCCCACAAUUGGGAACUACAGCAUGACAGCCAGGUCAGAGGUCACUCUGAAGCGGUAUGCGGGCUGUCUGCGGGAGAUUGAGGUCUCCAGAACGCCGUAUAAUCUCCUCAGCAGUUCAGAUUAUACUGGGGUCACUAAAGGAUGUAAUGUAGAGAACCUGUACACGGUCAGCUUCUCUAAGCCAGGAUACAUGGAGCUGGGUGGAUUUUCGUUGGCCGUCGGCACAGAGAUCAGCCUGUCAUUUAGCACUCUGGAAGACACUGGGACCAUACUGCUCGCUGUAGGCGGAGCCUCACCAAUCGGCCUAAAGGCUCGUAACACAAACUUCCUCAGCUCUACGAGGAGACGCAGGCAGUCAGGAGAGCCCUACCUCUCUGUCAUGCUGAACAAAGGCUCUCUGGAGGUUUUGGUUUUCACGGGCCACCAUAGUCCACGUCGUGUCAUCAGGCGACCUGAGCAAGGCAUACUGAAUGAUGGGAAGGAGCACUCACUGCGCAUAGAGCGGCUGGCUGGCAGAUCAUUUGCAGUCCAGGUUGAUGAGGAGGCCAAGAGGGAGGCAACACUUCCAAGCGAUCAACCUAUAAGCUUGCAGCGCAUCUUCCUGGGUGGUAUUUCUGUAGAAGUGGAGCAGACAUCCAACAGAGUCAACGUCCCAUUCCAAGGUUGCAUUUGGAACCUUAUGGUCAACUCAAUCCUCUCAGACUUCUCCCAGCCCGUGUCUUUCGAGAAUGCUGAAAUCGGCCAGUGUCCCAGUCUCGCCCCCGAACCACUUCUACCUCCUCUGCCAGAGGAAGAAAAGGAUGAAAAGGAGGAGAAGCAAGAGGAGAAGCAGGAGGAGCCACAUCGUCCUCCACUGACCCCAACCCCACCUCUAGAGCCUCCUGCUGAGGCCACGCCCCCUGCCCCUCCUGCUGCUACACCCACCGCUGCUACAGCCCAGACCACUGCCAAACUGGACCCCAGGGCUGACUUGGAUUCAUGUGCAUCAGCUGUGGCCCCGACAGCGCUCGAGAAGGCCUAUCAGUUUGGACUCACCAGGAACAGCCACAUGAGCUUCGCCUUUGAUGACGCCAAAGUCAGAGAGAGGCUUAUAUUAGAGUUUGAGCUGAGGACAAAGGAGGAGUCUGGGCUCGUUCUCUACAUGGCGAGAAUCAACCAUGCUGAUUUUGUGACCAUACAGAUCAAGGACGGACAGGUUUGUCUUGGUUAUGAUCUCGGCCAUGGGAACAUUUCUGGCUGCGUUCCCUUCUCCAUCAACGAUGGGAACUGGCACAAGAUCCGUGUGAGUCGUAACAAGCAGAGAGGUCUUCUCAUGGUUGAUGGACGAUACAGUAAACAGAUGAUCAGUCCUAAAAAGGCUGACUUGUUGGACGUGGUGGGAAUACUGUACGUUGGUGGAUUACCUCAAAACUAUACAACCAGGAGAAUCGGACCAAUUCUCUAUAGUAUCAACGGAUGCAUCCGUAACCUGAAAAUGGUGGGAGGUGCCGUGAGCACGAAGCCAGCCACUCCAGGUCGCUCUGAGGCCGCCAUCGAAGACUUUAAACUGGACAUGGCCACACCCACCGCUAGUCAAAUGGUAGGAAGAUGCUUUGUUGCUACGGAGACGGGCACCUACUUUGAAGGCACUGGCUUCCUGAAAGCAGUCGCUUCCUACAGAGUUGGUCUGGACGUGUCAAUAGAAUUAGAGUUCAGAACAAGCAGAACCAACGGAGUUCUUUUGGCCAUCAGUAACCAAGCCAACGAUGGAAUCGGACUAGAAAUCGUCGAGGGCAAGCUGCUCUUCCAUGUUGACAACGGAGCUGGCCGAUUCACAGCUGAGCACAUGCCCGAGGGAGAGGGCUUCUGCGACGGCGAGUGGCACUCUGUCACUGCCAACAAAAACCGCCACAGGGCGGAGCUGGUGGUCGACGGGAAGCAGAGCCAAGCGGAGAGUCCGAAUGCACGCUCCAACACCUGCGACACCAACGACCCCAUCUACGUGGGAGGAUAUCCAAGUGGAGUUCGUCAGGCAGCUCUUUCGACCAGCACGUCCUUCGGUGGUUGCAUGAGGAACCUUAGGAUCACCAAGGCUUCUAAAACCAUGGAGGUGCACUUCAACAAGGCUCUGGAGAUUAAAGGAGUGCAGCCUCUCUCCUGUCCUGCUGUGGCAGCCUAACCGGUACUAACUGAUCAUAAUGAUCCGCCUCCUUUUGUUUCCACUAAUCCAACACACACAUCUGUGAACAUCUUGUCUUUGAAGAGGCAACAGGCAGAUUUUUAAUAUAAAAGUGACCCCCUUCUAUGAUUAAAUUAUGUUUUUAAACCUCACAAUUCCUUUGGGUUAAACUACAAGCCAAAAACAUAUGGACAUUGCAAGUACCUGCUUCUUUUCAAAGUAACUAAAAUGUCUCCCUGCGCAGUUUCUAUAAAGCAAGACUAAGAAUUGUUCUUCUAACAUUUUGUACAAUGUGAGACCAGUUCAAUAAAUCUAUAAUGGCUACAA